AUGGCGAAUGUGGUCAGUGUAAACGGUCAUGUGGAGUAUCUGCCGCUGGUGCUUGGUGUAGCAAGGUUUCUAAGAGUGCUGUUCAAGGCUAGUAGUCAGUCAGUGGAGGCUGACCAGUCGAAGAUGCUAAAGUUUCUGCAUAGACUCAGUCUAGUUCAUUCUCGGGUCAAAAUCAUCUUUAAGAUUUGGACCGAUUCUAAGACACAUCUGCAGAUUUUCAGUGGAGAGCCAGGAAGUAAAGUUUUAGUGAUGGAUCACAGCGUUACUAUGGACACUGCUGCAUAUGGACAGUCAGUUUUGAUCCCAUUCUCUGUAUGGUGUCUCCCGUCCUGUCCCUAUAUGCAUCCAGUUUUGGGAGACACAUUUUCUUGCCAGCUCCCUCCUGACACAAUAGAAGCCGGGCUGUGUGGGGAAAUGAGCAUGGCUACCAUGGCAACACUUGCACCUUGUGUGGAUCAGUACCCCAACUGGCCGACUCGUCUCUCAUGCAUACGAAUGGUAGUGUACAGUCCCAGUGGGAUGCCUCUAACACAAAUGAGUUUCCUCCAGAGUUUGGCUACUUCACUGUCCUGGGGGGAUCUUGGUCUUUCUAAAGUCUCCUGUACGGAAGCACAAACCAUUCAGGGCACCCUGUGUUCUGAAAUAGAGUUUUCUGUAGAGACUGACCAUAAUCAGGCAACUGAAUCAGGAUGUAGCGGUGCUGUACCGCAGAACAUGGAGCCAGAAUGGAGCCGUGCUGUAGAACAGACUCUGACUCUCUUCAUUUUCACUCAGUACAGUGACCCUUUCCAUUCCCAGCUCUUUGACUUCAUAAGCAGUGAGGAGGUUUUAGAGAGGGAAUUGGAUGCAGUGCUUUGGAACAAUGGAGAUCAAGUUCGGACGGCUUUGCAGUCUACCCUGAAAAACACACUGAAAGGAUUUCAGAAAAGACAAACUAACAGGCAGAGGCUGGAUUCAGCCCUAUCCAUUGUCUUGAGCUCAGUGAACUGUAUAGUUACCAGUAGCACCAGUGCAGAGUUCAGAAGAGUCUGUCUUGAUAGCAUGAAGGUCAAGAGUACCUGUGAGUUACGCAUAUCUCUACAACAAUCGCUUCAAAACAUCACAGAUAGUCGUUUUGCUCCCAGGCGCAUGUGUAAUAAUGACAAGGUGGCCGAAGCUGUUAGCUCUGAACACAGUAGUUUUGAAAGCUGGGAGGAAGCUUUUGAAUAUUCACCAGAACAGUCUCCUAAGCGGAUUCACAGUGACCUUGAAUCAUCAUGCAUUAUCCCUAAGAAGAGACCAUGCUUGGAGCUCUCUGAGAGCUCAGAUGCUUUGAUGAGCAGUGUCUUUGACGCACCAAACAUCCAGAGAAGUCCCCUGUCCCCUAUACAACUGUCUCAAAGUCUGCAAACUGAAAAAAUCCAAGAUGUGCCCUCAGUCUGCUGCCUGAGGCUGGCAAAAAUGAGGAAUGAACAGGUGGAGAAGCAAUGGCUUCAAGAACUUGAAAACUUUUCUGAAUGGGACUAA